CUUGGUCCAAGAAGCACUGCACAGAUGUCCUACCUCAGGGAAAGUCUUCAGUGGAUUACGUCUUGGACCUUCAGACCGAAAUUCACUCCUCCUUGCCAGCGUGGCUUCAUUCUCACCAUCCGCAGUAUAAUUUUGAUGGUGCAACAACUGGGGAUAGAAUUGGGAGAAUUGAAAUUCAUCUGCACAGCCAAACUUAAUCAGGACUGCCUGGAGAAUUUGUUCUCCGUGAUCCGUGGCAAGGGGGGCCACAGGUUCAAUCCGACCAGCAGGGAGUUUGCAGCAGCUAUAAAAAGUGCCUCCAUUGCUGAACUAACAACCAGCAUGGGGAGCAAUUGUUUGUCAGACCAUAACACCAGUCUGAUCAACACAAAACGCAACAGGCCGACUACAACUGGCAACCAACUGUCUCUGACACCAUCAACGUCUCAGUGUGUUACAGAGUGGGAAGACAUCACAGAGGAGGCUGAGAUAAUGGAUGUGACGGAGGUCACCUCAGACUGCAUCGAGGAGGAAGUUUUAACAUACAUUUCUGGGUGGCUCGUAAAAGGAAUCACAUCAGAUCCUCUACUCUCCUCCUGCUCCCAGUGUGAAGAGCUCCUGGUCCACAUCCCCCACACCGACCACAACUACACCACCACACCGACCAAUUCAUCUACAUUUAUAAAAAGGAAAAGAUACACACACAACGCAAAUUUAUUAGAACCAUCCAAAUUAAUGACAGACACAAUUAUCAAAAUGGAGGCCAAACUAGCACCCUUACUAAAAAUUCAUUGGGCAGAGAGCGGACUCCUCAAAAAACUAAAAGAUGACAUACAACAAUCAGAUGUGUUCAAUAACAUGUCACGUCUACAUCCUGAGCACAGCUUUGCUCUCCAAGAAAAGAUCUUACAAAAAUUCAUUAUGUGUAGGAUUGGUGCUGAGCUACGCCGUGAAAACAAUCGGAUUCAGGAGGAAGAAACACGUGCGAGAAGGAAAUUAAAGUGCUUCACUGGCUAA